AAGUUAACUAAGCACCCCCCAACCCCGUAAAAUGGGAUGACCCGUAAUUUGGGAUGACUGGAAAGAUUUAACGGCGCAGUAUGUAUUGAAAGGAUUAGCCAUGAACUGUGAGAUACGUCGGAAAGCAGGAGCCAUUCUUUUAUAAUCACAGCUGCUAUGACAGAGUAAAAGAGCCACAGGAUACACGUGUGUACUAUGGUUACCAGGUGACCGGGGUAUUUAUGAAGAACUGGGACUCACUGGAUGAGCAGGGCGUUUGUGCUGCUGACAAGGACUGUGAAGAUGCGUAUAAAGUUUGUCAGAUCUUAGACAUCCCUUUCCACCAGGUGUCCUAUGUGAAGGAGUAUUGGAAUGAUGUGUUCAGUGACUUUUUGCACGAGUAUGAGAAAGGAAGGACUCCAAACCCCGACAUCAACUGUAACAAGCAUAUCAAGUUCAGUUGCUUUUAUCAUUAUGCUGUGGACAAUCUUGGAGCAGAUGCCGUUGCCACUGGCCACUACGCCAGGACCUCACUGGAGGAUGAGGAAGUCUUCGAGCAAAAGCACACUAAGAAGCCUGACAGGCUGUUCAGAAAUCGAUUUGAAGUCAGAAACCCCGUAAAACUUCUCCAAGCAGCUGACAGCUUUAAAGACCAGACCUUCUUUCUCAGCCAGGUUUCCCAGGAUGCCCUGAGAAGAACCAUCUUCCCCCUGGGGGAACUAACAAAAGAUUUUGUAAAGAAAAUAGCUGCGGAGAAUAGCCUCCAUCACGUGCUUCAGAAGAGAGAGAGCAUGGGCAUCUGCUUCAUUGGUAAGAGAAACUUGGAGCAUUUCCUUCUUCAGUAUUUGCAGCCUCGGCCUGGAAAGUUUAUUUCUAUCGAGGAUAAUACAGUACUGGGAACACAUAAAGGUUGGUUCCUGUACACUUUGGGCCAGAGAGCUAAGAUCAGCGGUUUGAGAGAGCCCUGGUACGUGGUGGAGAAGGAUGGCACCAAGGGUGAUGUGCUUGUGGCUCCCCGGGUGGACCACCCAGCUCUGUACAGGGACCUGCUCAGGACCAACCGAGUACACUGGAUUGCGGAGGAACCACCUGCUGCCUUGGUCAGAGACAAGAUGAUGGAGUGCCAUUUCCGAUUCCGCCACCAGAUGGCACUAGUGCCCUGCGUGCUGACUCUCAAUCAGGAUGGCACUGUGUGGGUGACGGCUGUGAAGGCUGUAAGGGGCCUUGCCCUGGGACAGUUUGCAGUGUUCUACAAGGGUGAGGAAUGCCUUGGCAGUGGGAAAAUCCUGCGGUUAGGGCCGUCUGCCUACACGCUCCAGAAGGGCAAGAACAGAACCAGAGUGGCUCCCGAGGCCUCAAGUGACAGCCCAGGCCUGCACCCCACAUCUUGACAAAGGCCAAGGAGGAGGCAUUAGAGCAGUGUCGUCAGUGAUGGGUGUUGGUGCUGCAAGAAUCAACGGGCGGGCUGGCUGCAGAUCCAGGGCAGCCUGAGGAAGGAGGGUCUGCUCUGCUGUUCCAGGAAACCAGAGCGUGCACUGGCUGCUGGCUGCUGGCUUCGGGUCCUAACGCAGCUGCUCUUCCACAGCAUCCAGGAGGCCAACAGAGAAACAGCAUCCAAUAAAACUGUCAAAGUCU